AAAAAAAAAAAAAAAAAAAAAGGGCAAAAGAAUAAGAAUUACUCCACUGCAGUCAUAAGAAAAUAUUAGCUUCAAUGAAAACAUACUUAAUAGAUAAAUGAAAAUAUACUUUAUAGAUAAAGAAGAUACAACAAUAUGAUUUUGUGAGGUGCAGAAGUAACAAAAUUAUAUACAGGAAGGAAAACACAAUACCCCAGUGAUAAAAAAGUGACAAAAACACACAAAAAUACUAGCAAUGCGAGAGUAAAACGCGAAAUUUUGGCAACAAGCAGGCGGAAUAAUAAACACAAAUAUCUUUCUGAGGCAACAUUGCACUAAUGUGUUUCACGGUGAGUCUUUCUAGGGAUUGGAUAUAAUUAUCAAGACUGAGGUGCGCGAAAGGAAAAGAGAAACAGACUUGAAGUCUGUUCUUUGACCUGUGACACCGAAUGACUCUGCAGGAAUGUAAAUACCAAACACAGGAAUAGAAGAGUAAGGCGUAGAUAGAAAUCACUGUCAGAAGACGACCUGAGUGAAAUUUAUCGCUUAUGAUCACGAGAGAGAGCGAGCUGAGUGGAAGAAGAGUGGGAAAAGUCACAGUAUUAGAAUAAACUAAAUGAAAAAAAAGUAAAGUCUGUGUGAACAAGUAAUCAAGUGAUUGAUAAGCAAACAAACAAAAUAUUGAGUUAAAUAUCAACACGUUAUUUUGUAUGUGAAAAGGAGGCUGGAAAACCACUACGGGAACUGAAAAUUUUAAGCUAUACCAAAAAUAAAUAAUUCAAAGAUAACAAUAAAACUUGACUUUCGCUCCUUCCUGCCCCCCAAAAAGUGAAUUGCAAAGGGAUACGCGAGGGGCAACAUCCCACACACGAGUGAGGGCGUGAGAGCGUCAGCAUAACAUCAAUACAGUAGCAGCAGCAGCAGUCAUGGCUGAGUUGAUGAAAGUGACGAGCUUCCAAGAGAAGACGGAAGCUGCAGCAGGUGACGUGGUGCUUCAGCGUCUGGAUCAAGUAUCGAACAGACUCGUUACGGGCACGACAGCUGAGAACAGCAACAACACCAUGAUCACAGCCACCACAUCAAGGUCGCAGCGCCGCAACAGAAAGAACACCUGCAGCAGCGGCAACGUGGUGGUGGUCGAGGGCGCCUACAAGUACUACGGGUCAGGCAAGAAGAAAGUGAUGGUGCUGGAAAACCUCAACAUGCGGGUUCCUCAGGGCGCCAUCUACGGGCUGCUGGGUCCAAGUGGCUGCGGCAAGACAACGUUACUCGGGUGUCUGGUGAACCGCCUACACCUCGACAAGGGAGCGAUAUUCCUCUUCGGCUUCUCUCCAGGCACCUCGGAGUCAGCGGUGCCCGGCCACAGGGUUGGCUAUAUGCCCCAGGAGUUGGCACUGUACCAGGAGUUUACAAUACUCGAGACUCUGCAUUACUUCGGACGCAUUCACCAGAUGAGCAGCGGACACAUCACUAGACGCACCGGCUUUCUCAUCAACUUCCUCGACCUACCCAACCCUGCAAGACUCAUCAGCCAGCUCAGCGGCGGGCAGCAGCGGCGCGUCAGCCUGGCCGCGGCACUCUUACACGAGCCGGAGCUGCUGAUCCUGGACGAGCCUACGGUGGGAGUGGAUCCCUUACUCAGGAGCAGCAUCUGGGAGCACCUGCUGGAAGUGUGCAACAGCGGCAACACCACCAUCAUCAUCACCACGCACUACAUCGAGGAGGCGCGCCAGGCAGACAAGGUGGGGCUGAUGCGCGGGGGCCGCCUGCUGGCCGAGACCUCCCCCUACAGCCUCAUCGAGCACUUUGGUAUCCCAUCUCUCGAGGACAUCUUUCUCAAGCUGUGUCUCGAGAACAGAAGCGGCGAGGACGAACUUCUUCAUGGCAAGGUGAACGUGGCCUUUGAGGGAGAUACGUCAGGCACAAAGCCCCUGCCUGGAUCCAUGCCAGAAGCGCGGGGCUCCCUGAAGGCACUGCAGGAGGACGUGGAUCCAACAACGGGACACGUAAUGCUAAGAGACUCCACCGAGAACAAUAUUCUUAUGUCGCCCUGGGUUCGAACCUCAAAGUACGAGAGAGUUUUUUCCAUGGACCGGUUCACUGCUCUGCUCAUCAAGAAUUUCAUCAGAUUGUGGAGAAAUAAAGGGUUUCUUCUCUUCUCGUUCCUCAUGCCGCCUCUGCAGACUGUCCUCUUCUGCCUCACGGUCGGGGGCACUCCCUAUGACCUCCCCAUGGGCAUUGUCAAUCUGGACGAAGGAUACCAAUUCGGCAUACCAAUGAUGCAUGUCAACUUCAUGUUCUCCCAGUCCUUCGUGCAAGAACUGAACAACCGCACUAUUACCAAGAAGUUCUAUGACAGUUUCGAGGAAGGGUACGCGGCAGUGGAGGACGGCAGCACUUGGGGCCUCAUCUACUUCAGUCCCCACUUCACCAAGGGUCUUCUCGCCUUCUAUGGGUCAACACAGAUACCGGAAGUGAAUCAGAGUGACACAGAGGAGGCCACGAUUAACGUAUACAUGGAUAACACCAACUCCCAGAUUUCGGCCACGCUGGGUUUCGCGCUGCUUAACUCUCUGGAGAAGUUCCUGGCGGACGUGAUUGUGAACGUGGAGGACAAGGUGCACGUGUUCUGGCCUGACUUCCACAUCAACACCAGCAAGCUUGCCCUUCCCAUCAAUUUCGCCGAGCCAGUGUACGGGUCAGCCGAUGCCUCUUUCACAGAAUUCAUGGCACCGGGAGUGAUUCUGACGAUCACUUACUUCAUGGCAGUGGGACUGACGGCGCUCUCCUUCAUCAUCGAGCGAAAGGAAGGACUGCUGGACCGCUCCUGGGUGUCCGGUGUGCAGUCCAGUGAGGUGAUGCUGGCACACCUGGCCACACAGAUGCUGGUGAUGCUGGUGCAGAUCUCCCUCAUCCUGGUGUUCAUGUUCCCAGUGUUCCAGCUCCCAUGUAAAGGCAGCAUGGUGUGGGUGGUGCUGCUGUCCGUGCUGCAAGGCUUCUGUGGCAUGACCUUCGGAUUGAUGACAUCAGCACUCUCCAAUGACGAGAACACAGCAAUCAUGAUGGCACUUGGCAUCUUCUACCCACUGCUGCUGCUGUCAGGCAUAGUGUGGCCCAUCCAAGGCAUUCCAGUGGCCCUUAGGUACGUGUCGUAUGUCCUGCCACAGACGUAUGCAUGUGAGGCCAUCCGUGCUGUGCUGUACAAAGGCUGGGACAUCACGUACGCUACAGUCUAUCUGGGCUAUCUGGUCACCAUUGCUUGGCUCAUCAUCCAUCUAGUCAUUGCUCUCAUAGCCAUCAGGGUGCGAAAAUAAUUCCUGUAAUGCCUGUUUGGCAUGGUGUCACUCAUACUGCAUUAAAGUACUUUCUCUCAGGGAUUGAGUUAGUGAGGUAUAUAUCUUUGGAACACAGAUAUACAUAGAAAAUAUACAAUAAAAACUUAAUAAAAAGUGUCAUCAACAGACUGUUUUCAAAAUUAAUUUAGGUAUGGAGGGUAAAGACAUUCAUACAUACCUUCACAGGAUAGAAAGUACAUUGCAAAUGGCAUUCCCUCAUCAGCACACAUGUCAGGCAUUAGUGGUUCACUGGAUCCCCCAACAGUUGGUCCCAUGGAGAGGGAAAUGUUAUAUUGAUGGCAGAUGGCAGAGUUAGCAAUGAAUAAUAUGUGGUCUGGCUACCUGGGAUCCUCUCUUUCACUAAAACCAAGUUACAAAUAUGGUUUUGCUUUUUACCAAAUUCUAAACAUACUAACUCUCAUGUCUUUGAUUAACUAUCAUGCAUUUCAGGCAUUUUAAUAACAUGCCCUUUACAGUGUAGCUAAGUCAUUUUCAAAGAUGAGAGAUGAUGCAUCUUCUUAAGAAACAGUAAAGUCUUUCAUGAAGGAACAUUACUCAUUCGGUUUGUGUACAAGUACAUUAAGGUAUUAAUAAUAUUUCAUUAUGUCUGUCUAUUUCUGUGUGGUGAAAGUUACAAAACGGAGACAAAAUGUAAGUUAAGUAGACAUGACAGAGACAAAAAUAAUGUCCAACUUGCAAUAAAAAUUACAUCAAAAUGCCAAUGUGAUAACUAAUUAUAUAAUGCAUAAUAAGAUGUAAGAAUUAGUAAUGAUUAUUUCUUGGAACAUGAAAUGUGUUGUAUUAAUAUAUAAUUGAAGAAUA